CAUGUAUACAAAUCAGUCUAUGCUGUGGCCCAUGCUCUCCACAACCUGGUCACAUGUGAGGAGAAGAAAGGCCCUGUUUACAAUGAGAGCUGUGUUCUGACUAAACACAUUGAACCGUGGCAGGUUCUGCAAUAUCUCAACACUGUGAAUUUCACAACUAAGGAAGGAGAAAGAGUUUAUUUUGACAAUAAUGGAGACUCACCAGCGACAUACGAACUUGUUAAUUUACAAAUGACAAACAAAGACACCAUGGAAGGAGUAACAGUUGGCAUUUAUGAUGCUUCUCUUCCAGAGAGUCAUCACUUUAUCAUGAAUAACAACCCUGUUGUCUGGGGAAACGAACUGACCAAGGAUGUGCCUGUGUCAGUCUGCAGUCAGAGCUGUCUGCCAGGAACUCGCAAGGUCCUCCAGAAAGGAAAGCCCAUCUGCUGUUAUGAUUGCAUAUCUUGCCCAGCAGGCGAGAUUAGUAACUUAACAAAUUCAAUAUACUGUUUGAAAUGCCCAGCGGAGUACUGGUCCAACAAACAAAGAGAUGCCUGCAUCCCCAAAGAAAUAGAAUUCUUGGCAUAUGAUGAACUCCUGGGAACACUGUUAGUCUUGUUGUCAUUACUAGGAGUUUUUCUAUCUAUGAUCAUAAUACUAGUUUUCUACUACCACAGAGAAACCCCAAUAGUGCGAGCCAACAACUCUGAGCUGAGCUUCCUGCUGCUCUUCUCCUUGACUCUGUGUUUCCUGUGUUCUCUGGCCUUCAUUGGCUGGCCCUCUGAGUGGUCCUGCAUGCUGCGACACACAGCAUUCGGCAUCACCUUUGUCCUCUGUAUCUCUUGUGUUCUGGGGAAAACUAUAGUGGUGUUAAUGGCCUUCAGGGCUACACUUCCAGGCAGUAAUGUGAUGAAAUGGUUUGGGCCUGCACAGCAGAGACUCAGUGUUGUGGCUUUCACUCUCAUCCAGGUUGUUAUAUGUAUCCUCUGGUUAACUAUUUCUCCUCCUUUUCCAUUUAAGAAUUUUACCCAGUUCAAGGACAAAAUCAUCUUAGAGUGUGCUCUGGGAUCAGCUGUAGGUUUUUGGGCUGUACUUGGGUACAUAGGCCUUCUGGCCAUCUUAUGUUUUAUUCUGGCUUUUCUUGCUCGGAAACUGCCUGAUAACUUCAAUGAGGCCAAAUUGAUCACCUUCAGCAUGCUGAUAUUCUGUGCAGUCUGGAUCACUUUUAUUCCAGCAUAUGUCAGCUCUCCUGGGAAGUUCAGUGUAGCUGUAGAGAUAUUUGCUAUUCUGGCCUCCAGUUUUGGACUGCUCAUUUGUAUUUUUAUUCAAUGUUAUAUUAUCUUACUGAAACCAGAGACUAAUACAAAAAAAAAUAUGAUGGGGAAAGGAGCAUCAAAGUCAUUUUGA